GGGACUUUAGUCCACGACAGGCCAAUGCUUACCGCGACUGUCUCCAAGGGUGCUGGCUCAAGAACAGCGCCAAAACAGCACUUGGGAUUGACCGCAGGGCCGCCGGCAAAAGUGGAUUUGUGCAAUUUCGGGACCUCUAAUAGGUAUGCGUCCGUGUAUGGAUCGGGGGGCCGAGACCGCUACGCAUCAAAAGAUUCUGUUGCGGAAUUCCUUUUCCAGGAAGGCUCAGGACUACGCGGAGGGCCGCCUUCGACGCCGCCGCAUUCGAAAGACACUCCAGAUAUUAAUAGAUCUACGUGGGAUCAGUUGUCGAGGACAGCAUCGAGUGAGCGCUCACCUUUAAAUGGAAAAGACUAUUCUUCGGUUACACGCCAGCGCGAUCGCUUAGAGAAGGUUUUUUCGUUUGCUUCCUCUCAUUCUCCGGCUGUAUUACUGUCCCGCACCACCAGCACACAGCGCACUGACCAACAAACCCCCAGAAACCUCAGCAGGAGCUUUAGUACUACGACCAGUCACCAGCACCACGUUGAUUCAGUGGGGACAAGCGCAGGACAGGACUUGCAGUGGUUGCUGGACUCGACUUUGUGCCUCGACGAUGGAAAUCAACCACAGCAUUAUGAGAGUUCUUUCGGUCGUGUCAGAAAAGCUGCGCCUUCAGAUCGCGUUUGGCUCUUCGUGGAUCGUUCCGGUGUGCGGUGUCUAUCACUUGAACACUGCACUGCCGAUGAGGAAUUGCGCGCUGCGGCGCUGUCGUCGAGCUUAGACAUGGCCUUGGGCACUCGAAGCCGCACUGCUAAACCAGGCUACUCGUCGUAUGCAGACUCAGCGCUGGAGACAAAACGAAUGCUCAUGAGUGGAGUCGCCGGGUUUAUGCCGUUGCCGCUUCGGCACAUGCUACAGCCUGAGAGCGAGGGGCGAGGCGCGUGCGUUUUGCGUUCGAGGUGGUUUUGCGAUCCUAGCGGCUUAGUGCUUGCAAGGCUUGCUACGCGGCGACAGCUGGGGCCACAGCGGAGCGACGUUGCGCGGUUGCGCGCUGGGGCAGGUAGCUGCUAUCACGUUGGUCUCUUGCACUUCUUACGGAAUAUUAUGCUCAUUCGUAUGCGAUGCCUUUAUGAUUGUCAAUAGCCUUCUACGAUGUUUGGUUUUGUUUUACAGGGGCUCCCAGAAACUUGGAAUUUGUGAACUUUUUACCAAUGUUGACCUCUUACAACCAUCUCAGGUUUUAUUCCGAUAUACAGUGGUACAGAGACACGGCUUUCCGUUUUGCUUUUGUGUGUUUUCGCGACCCUCCACUCACUACAAGUGGUACACUGGCUUUACCUGCUGUGGGUGGCGUACUUCAUUUCCGUUGGGCGGUUAGCGCCAGAGUUAGUCUGGCGGCCUUACUGUGUCAUGCGAGCGCGGUGCGCAGCAGCUAGACGGCAGCAGAGUGGGAAGCAAGAAAGUGAGAGUAUGGAUGCUCUUAGUGUCACUUCAUCCACAAGAACUGCGUCAAAACGUGCGAUCACUGAAACAAUCGCUAGUGGUUCUAGGUCUUUUUCAUCGCUCUACGCAGUUUGCGUGUUUGCUUACCUCGUACUCAUUGCGACGUCUGCGGUCUACUAUGUGCAGUUUGGCGUUCCCGCGACGGGUCUUAGCGAGUCACUCGCGAGUUUGAUCUCCUCGCCUUCUGCGACGACUUCCAGAAGUACUAGUACUAGUUCUAAUAGUAGAUUUGACAGGAGAGACAGAACAAAUGUAGUUGGAAGUGGAACCGGGAAGCACUUCGGCGGCGCGCGACGAGGAGCAUUACCUACUCACAUAAUCCCUGAAGAAGAUGAUGACGAGUCCGCUGGCGUUUUGGCCAGCGAGGCGGAGAGAAUCGAUCAGGCUGCUUGCGCCAUGGACUAUAGCGAGGCAAUGGCACGCCUUGGAGAGGGCCAAAAAGGCGCCGAGCGUGAGAGAAGAAGUAGAGGGGCUCAUGUAGGUGGCGGGGAGCGUGGUUCUGAGCCUAGGAGAAGAACAAGUGAACUACAGGACGCAACGAGUGUACUUGAUGGUAUUGACGAGCCGCGGCGAGGUGUAGACAACCAAGAAGUUGAGAGUCCACGCAACGUUGGCAAGAAAGUGCGAUUUAACGAUGCGGUAGCCGCCAGGCAACGCGACGCGCUAGAUGCGCAUGCGCAUUUAGCGGCACUAAUGGCAGAAAAUGAACAAAUACUAGCAGAAACUGCACGUGAUGUCAAAAAGCCGGGAUCCGAGAAUGGUAUCGACGCAUCUGCAGGAAGCGGGAUUAAGGUUGUCGAUCAUGACGAUAGCAUUGUGGGGAGCAGCGCAGCAGAAUACCUCUCCCGAGGCAUUUUGAAAACGGAUUCGAAUGCAGACCAACGAAAAGAAGGAAGCUCAUCAUCCUUAAAAAUAAUUGAAAACGAGAGCACGGCGAAAUCGACCGACCCUGCUGUGAAAGCUGGAACACAGAAUUUUGAUAGAGAUAGUAUUGCUGAUAAGUAUUUCGGGGAAAAUAUAAGUGCAGAGCAAAGAGCAGAUGAAAACAAACUUACUCCUUCAGAAACUGACUUCCGCUCCAGCAAGUCUGCCAGUGAGGCCGCGCAAUCUCAGACGUCAACAGCUGGCAAAGCUCAGGGUCACGGAUACAACCGACAUCCACGACACCGCUACUACGGUGCCGGUGGCCGUCCUGUGUACUAUCCGCACAACGAUCGCAUUGAAGGCAAUCCUUGGCUUCUCUUGGGCCUUUGCAUCGGAAUCGGAUAUGCGGUCCACCAAGGGUGGAUCUUUCGUCAGGACGAUGAGAUGGCAAACCAAUAACUGGUUGUAGAUGAGAAUCUGAAAUCAUGACUACCCGCGAUAAAAAGUAACACGGAAAUUGUCGUCCGCAGACUAGAGAACCGACGCAGUCUUUUCUUUCUAUCACACUGCUUCGGCGCAUCUUUAUCUGGAAACACGCCCUCACGGAAACACGUAUACAGGAAACGGAAACUUUAACUUUACGCUACUAAGCUAGCAAAGAUAAUUAUUCUGGUUUGUUGCCCAAUGGUUUGAUUUCAUACAUUUCCGACUUACAUCACGUCGUAGCUUUGGAAUUUCAUCGGGCAUGUUUUGGGACAACUGCGCCGCCCAGAAAAGUCAU